AGGGCCUUUCAUCAACCGCUUUUCUCUUUCUCUGCUCUACCCCUCUCUUAUUCAGACCUCAGACCCUUCACGCCUCAAUUCUCAAUCCUCAACCCUUCUCCCUUAUUUUCAUCAAAACCCCUAUAAAAGACUCCUGAUUUCAAAAAUCUACCCUCUUUUUCUCAAUUUUUGAUUGAAUUUUUCUCCUAAUGGCGUCGAGUUUUAGUUCUUUGUCGGAAACCCUAGUUUUGUAUGGUAUUUGAUUUUGUCAGAUCCGGGUUAAAAUUCAUCUGGGUUGUCUUGUUUUGGUUUGAGAAGAGAAACCCAUAAAUUAUUUUUUGGAGAAAUUUGUUGGAUUUUUGGUUUUCGGGAAGUGAGGAACAAAGAGAAUGGCAGAGCAAGGUGGCUUGGAAGGUAGCCAGCCCGUGGAUCUUUCCAAGCACCCGUCUGGCAUUGUUCCUACCCUUCAAAACAUAGUAUCAACUGUCAACUUGGAUUGCAAGCUGGAUCUUAAGCAAAUUGCACUUCAAGCUCGUAAUGCUGAAUACAACCCUAAGCGUUUUGCUGCUGUCAUUAUGAGGAUAAGAGAUCCAAAGACUACUGCUUUGAUUUUUGCCUCUGGAAAGAUGGUGUGCACAGGUGCCAAAAGUGAAAUAGAUUCCAAACUAGCGGCAAGAAAGUAUGCUAGAAUUAUCCAAAAGCUUGGGUUUGCUGCCAAGUUUAAGGAUUUCAAGAUUCAGAACAUUGUUGGCUCCUGUGAUGUUAAAUUCCCAAUCAGACUUGAAGGUCUUGCCUACUCCCAUGGUGCCUUUUCAAGUUAUGAGCCAGAACUCUUCCCAGGGCUGAUCUAUCGCAUGAAACAGCCAAAAAUUGUGCUUCUUAUUUUUGUCUCAGGGAAGAUUGUGAUUACUGGAGCUAAGGUGAGAGAUGAGACAUACACAGCCUUUGAGAAUAUAUACCCUGUGCUCACUGAGUUUAGGAAGGUCCAGCAAUGGUAAGGAGCCAAUACUCCAUCACUACGUGUUUAGAAUUUGUAUUCAAUAUUGCACCUGACAACCAUGAUUUUUUGGCAGACGCUUCUGUGGCAUUUGUGGCAUUGUUGGAGUUGGAUUCAAAUGUGAAUACUAAAACAGGUCUAGGGGCUGUCUCAUUGGUUUCUUCUGUUCCUCAGCGAGUUGGGUCUUUGAUGUACUGCUAGAUCCUACUAAAGUGAUCCCAGAUGAAGGGUCAGAAUGUCCUGUGUUAAGUAAUUUAGCUGGGGAGAAAGAACAAAAGAUUGGAAGAACUGGGCGUUUCAUAUGGAUUAAUGUUGAGCUUUCCUUUGGAUAAUAUCAAUAAGUAAAACUAAAGUCCAAUUUUGAUCCUUGUUUGCUUUUUCAUCAAUCUUGUGUACGUUCUGACCUGUUUUAACAAUCAGUUUUCCCUACCUUGUAACUAUAAUUUUAUACUGUACGUGUGGAAUACAGCAGACAUGGAAAACGCUAGAAGCGGUGAACCUAAUGACUGAUUUUAGUGUAUCCAAUAAUAUGAUGAUGGGUGUUUUUAGUAUUCUUAGUUCAUCUUUCUUUUUAUCUUCUAUAUCUUAAUACUUUUUAUGCAUUAACAUGAAUAAAGCCUUGAUAUGAUG